GCCAUAGCCGGCGGGCGUACACGGGCAGCCGAGUAUAUUAGGAGGUUCAUAUCGCUGGGCUGCCGCUAUCAGUCGGUUCAGUAGAGGUUCGGCAGUGGCACACUAGAGAUGUGGUUUUACUACGGAGUGAUCGAUUUUCUUACGUGUUCCUCGUGAGACCGAGACCUGUCAUAGACCCUACCCAUAGACACCUUACAGCCCUUGUGGCUUGCGGAAUUUCGUAUACUUUACACCUGUACGAUCGUGCAUCUGUUGUGAUUGAACGUUUUUGAAAACCGGUGAUACAACAAAAAAAAAACAAAACGGAUUCCAGUUGUGAUUUAAUUGUGUGGACUAAUUGUUUGAAAACGAGUUGUGAUUUGUUUGGCGUUCCAUCUAGCGUAAACUGCAUACCAUCAUUUGCUUCAGCUUAGGCACGAUCCUCAAGGGUGGAAAAUGAUAUUGAAUAUCAAUAAGAAAAAGCUCUUGCUGCUCUCGGUACUAGCGGCAGUGGUAAUCGUUGCCCUCGUCGUCGGCCUCACCGUUGGUCUACGGUCCAGAGACGAUGGCACGCAAACCGCUUCCCACGCACGGCUUACCGGAGCAGCCGUCACGGCGAACGGCAUCGAGUGUGCCAGCAUCGGUGAAGACAUACUGCUCCGCAACGGUUCGGCCGUGGACGCUGCCAUUGCCACACUGUUCUGUGAAGGUGUUACCUGCCCGCAGAGUAUGGGACUCGGCGGUGGUUUCCUGGCCACCGUCUACAUCCGCGAAACGAACACAGCCCAAGCGCUGGUUGCCCGGGAAGUGGCACCGGCCGCAGCCACGGAGGACAUGUACGUGAAUCAGUCCUCAGUGUCGGGCGGGCUGGCCGUAGCCGUACCCGGCGAGCUGAAAGGAUACUGGACGCUGCACCAGCAGUACGGGCGGCUCGAGUGGAAAGAGCUAAUCGAGCCGACGAUUCGCCUGUGUCGGGAAGGGCAUCAGGUUACCGGCUACCUGGAGCGCAUAUUGAAGGGCCGCGAGGAACGCAUCCGCAACGAGCCAACGCUGCGCGAAGUGUUUAUCAAUCCGGCUACGCAGCAAACCUGGCGGGAGGGUGACCGGCUGAAGCGACCCACCCUGGCCGAUACGCUGGAGGUGAUCGCGACGGAAGGUGCGGACGCGCUGUACAGCCGCAACGGAACGCUGCUGCCGAAGCUGAUGCGCGAUCUCAAACUGUUCGGAAGCAUCAUCACCGAGGACGAUUUUUACAACUAUGAGCCACGGUGGGUAGUUCCGGUACAAACCAGUAUUAGAAAAUCUAGUCAAGUCUACACGAUUCCACUGCCGGGCAGUGGAGCCAUUCUGAACUACAUGCUUAACAUCCUGGACAACUACGACGACCUGCGGCAGGGCGAUCCUCUGUCGUGGCAUCGGAUAGUGGAGAGCUUCAAGCAUGGUUACGGCCUGCGUACCCGGGUCGGCGAUCCGGCGUACGUACCGGGGAUUGAGGACGUGCUGGACAAGCUGUCCAGCAAAACGUACGCCCGGUACAUCUACGAAACGAUCAAGGACGAUCGGACGAACUCCGACUACGAACACUAUGGGGCCGAAUUUUCCAACGAACAGGACCAUGGUACGGCGCACGUGUCCGUCCUCGCCCCGAACGGUGAUGCUGUGGCGAUCACGAGCACGAUCAACAAUAUCGCCCCGUAUCGUAGAACCAUUCUCACCCUGGUGAUCGCGGCGAUCAUUCUGACGAUCCUGACGGUUGUGUUUGUGCUUGCCACCCAGGGCAACAUAACGCUACCGCCGGAAGGAGAUAUCCCUCAGCAGCAGCACCGGCGGACCGGUGCCGUCGUUGCAAACGGUGCCGAAUGUGCCGCCAUCGGGGCACAGAUCCUGCGGCUCAAUGGGACAGCCGCUGACGCAGCCAUUGCGACGCUCUUCUGCGAAGGUGUUACGUGUCCGCAAAGUAUGGGCCUCGGCGGAGGUUUCCUGUUAACGAUUUACGACCGUCGGAACGGUUCGGUCGAAACGCUGAACGCACGGGAAACUGCGCCGGCCGCCUCCGAGCGCAGUAUGCUUCGUGUGGCGAAGGAGCGUGGCCAGGACACGCGAGGACUCACUGUGGCGGUACCGGGCGAACUGAAAGGUUAUUGGGAGCUGCACCAACGGUACGGACGGCUCGAGUGGGCCUCACUUGUGCAGCCGACGAUCGAGCUGUGCGAACGGGGACAUCUGGUGACGCCGUAUCUGAGCAGGAUUUUGCAGCGUGUCGAGAGUCAACUGUAUGCGGAACCUUCGAUGCGGGAAGUGUUUAUUAAUCCGGUGACAAACCGCACCUGGCAGGAGGGAGACACGAUUAAGCGGGUAAAGCUGGCGGAAAGUUUGCGGAUCGUGGCACGGGAAGGGGUCGACAGUAUGUACAGCCGGAACGGAACGCUGCUGAGGAUGUUGAUGCAGGACCUGCAGUCGUUUGGCAGUAUUAUUGACGAAGAGGACUUCUUGAACUACAGACCACGCUGGGAGUCCCCCGAUUCGGUAACGCUGAAAACGGGUGAACAGGUCCAUUCCAUCACUGUGCCCGGCAGUGGGACAGUGCAGAACUUCAUGCUUCGCAUUCUGGAUGGGUACAGCGACAUGAAGCCAAACGAUACCCUUACAUGGCACCGUAUCGUCGAGAGCAUGAAGUUUGCGUACGGCUUACGCACACGCAUCGGCGAUCCUGCGUUUACACCGGAAGCGGUGGAAACGAUUCGCAACCUGACCGAUCCACAGUUCGCCACUCACCUCCGGAGCAAAAUGAUCGACGACGACCGGACGCACAACGAUUUUGUGUACUAUGGUGCCGAGUUUGCGGAUGUGGAGGACAAGGGCACGGCCCAUAUCUGCGUGCUGGCACCAAACGGCGACGCAGUAUCGGCAACGAGCACCAUCAAUUAUCUACUUGGCGCCAAAAUACGCUCCACCUCGACGGGCAUCAUUCUGAACGAUGAAAUGGACGACUUUUCUACACCGGGCACUGUCAACACGUACGGAUUGCCAGCAUCGCCGGCAAACUUUAUUUCACCGGGGAAAAUUCCACUCUCCUCCAUGACUCCCUCGAUCGUCACCGAUCGAAAUGGUUCGGUGCGGAUGGUUCUUGGGGGAGCGGGCGGAUCACGCAUUACCAGCGCUACGGCCGUUAUGAUCUAUCGUCACCUGGUGUUUGGCGAUAGUCUCGACACAAUUAUGAACGAAAAACGGCUUCACCAUCAGCUGGCACCGAUGUGGGUUGAUUACGAGGCAGGAUUCCCGCAGUCCAUACUGGAUGGACUAACGGCGAAAGGACACCGUGUAAAGGAGAAAACUCCCGAUGCCGGGUUUGCCGCUGCUACGGGGAUUGUGCAGGAUGCGAAGGAGCACACGGUACAGGCCGCUUUCGAUCCACGACGUGGCGGCAGUGUGGAGAUUGUGAAAAUGUAGAACGUGACCGUUGCGUUUCUAUAACGCUGGUGUAUAAUCAAUACUUUACAGUUAUUUGUUGUAUUUGAAGUAUUAACAAACAAUAAAAUGACACGUUUAUCGUA